AUGUCCACCCAUUGUGAAUUUGGGGCAGUUUUAAACGAUUACCUGCGAGAUCGUUUAGUCUCCGGAAUUAGAAAUGAAGCAACAAAACAAAAACUGUUAGGAGAAUCCAGCUUGACAUUUGACCAAGCAGUUAAAAUCAUCACGUCAGCAGAAGCCGCUGAGAAGAAUGCAGCAGCCUUGGCGAUCAACGGAAGCCGCAACGCCGAGCGACUACAAAAGAUGACAGCUCAUCACCGCAGUGUAACAGCUGGGAGCAGAGCAUCGGCGGGUGCCGGCGGCGCUACCACACCUGGAAGUCACCACCACAACCCCAAAAGCAGCGCUUCGCACGACUACAAAGUGCAGUGUUCGUGUUGUGGUAAUGUGGGCCAUUUGCGCCAUCAGUGUCGAUUAUUUGGUGUUACGUGUAACGCGUGUGGAAAAAAGAAUCACAUUGCUAAGUUAGCCGUAGAUGCUAGUUCAGUUGGCUUGGGAGCCGUCCUAAGUGUUAUCUCACCAGGUGGUAUAGAGAAACCAAUAGCCUAUCAGUCACGCACACUCUCACAAGCUGAGCGGAACUAUUCACAGAUAGAGAAAGAAGCUCUGGCUAUCGUGUUUGCAGUCAAAAAGUUUAAUCAAUACUUGUACGGUUGGAAAUUUAUUUUGUACACUGAUCAUAAACCUCUUUUAAGUAUCUUUGGAAAUAAAAAAGGGUUACCUAUCUUUGCUGCCGGUCGCAUGCAAAGAUAUGCUUUGUUCCUGUCCGGUUACGAAUUUGACAUUCAAUACGUAAAGACAGAACUAAAUAAUGCAGAUAUGUUAUCUAGAUUGCCUUUAAGUGUCAAUCACAACAAUGCUACUGAUGAGUUUGCGUGGCAAGGUACCUAUUUACAUUGUAUUCAAGAAAGCUCAUUACCUUUGACUUUUGAACAUGUAAAAUCAGAUACACAGAAAGAUCCAGUUUUAAGUAAAGUGUAUGGCUACAUUAUGCACGGUUGGCCUAAUGUCAUUCCUGAGGGAAGCGAAGAGCUUACUCCGUAUUUCCAGAGACAGAACGAACUGACAGUUGAAUUUGGAGUAAUUAUGUGGGGUUAUAAAGUAGUCGUACCAGUAACUUUAAGGGAUUAUGUACUUAAAGAGGUUCAUUCUAGUCAUUUAGGUAUUGUGAAAAUGAAAUCGGUAGCACGCAGCUACGUCUGGUGGAACGGUAUUGAUGAACAGAUCACAAAUAUGGCUAACAGUUGUUCUUCCUGUCUCCGGGAACGGAACAACCCGUCAAAGAGUCAAUUACAUGUUUGGCACUAUCCUUCCGCUCCCUGGGAACGUAUUCAUGUGGACUACCUAGGACCUUUUAAAAAUAAAAUGUAUUUAAUCGUCAUUGACGCUCACUCAAAAUGGUUAGAAGUAGGCGAAGUUAGUUCAACUUCCGCUAAACGAGCUAUAAGUUUUCUAAGAGAGCUAUUUAGUCGUUUUGGUCUACCUGUUAAUUUACAUUCUGACAAUGGACCACCCUUUACCUCAUCUGAGUUUAAACAGUUCAUGGAAAUGAACGGUAUAAAACAUACUUUCAGUCCAGUGUAUCAUCCAAAAAGUAAUGGCCAAGCAGAAAACAGCGUGAAAUUUGCUAAAGACAAAUUAAAACGAGCAUUUCAUGACAAUGCAGAUGCUAGCGUAGCCCUAAGUAGGAUAUUGUUUGACUACCGUAACUCUGUACAUAGUACUACCAAUGAAACACCAAGCAAGUUAAUGUUUGGCAGGAAACUGCGCACCCGGUUGGAUCUAUUGAGACCAAACAUUACCCAGUUUGUAAAUAAGAAACAAGAGGAGAGCAAAAAUAGUUUUGAUAAAAAUAUUACUAGGGUAGUUUAUCCAGGUCAAACUGUAUUAAUGCGAGAUUACAGGUCAAACAACAAAUGGUUGCAAGGUAUUGUAAAUAAACAAAUCAGUCCUGUUAUGUAUGAAAUAGAGUUAAGUUCUGGCAUUGUAACGAAACGUCACAUAGAUCAAUUGAUCGGUCUGAGUGACAGUUCGCUAGACAGAGACUCGAGUGCAGUAGCAGAAACUGUACCGAGAAACGUGGCAACCCCUACUUCCGCAUACGCAGACGUAGACUUGGCAGCGCCGCAAUACCAAUCGCAAUGUAACUCUCCCCCUGCACAUGACGUAAAUCGAUCGCCAGUUGGCAUGGCAACCACUACGGCGAGUGGUGGAAGGUCACUCUCUUCCCCCUCUACCCCGCGCCGUACUACACCCAUAUCAGAGCGCGUAAAAUCAGCUGUUCUUGACAGCACCUGUCAAAGUCGGAUGCGACGCUAUCCUGAGCGCACUAGAAAACCUGUAAAUAAACUUGACUUAUAA